ACGACAGGAUGUACUGUCAUCCGAAAACAGAAAGUCAGUAGUUUAGAAACCUUACGUGAUUUGACAGAUAACGACAGUGGAACGAGAUUGUUUCGUGCUUUGCAAACCCUGGUUCCACAUCGAUCGCAACACAAAGUGAAAUAUUUCCACCCCAAGGCACGCUCUACUAAUCCAAUUGCAUGGAAUUACCUUUUCGUACUUCCCCAUGUUGACGAACCAGCUACAACAGCAACGGUUACCAUACCCAUAAUAAGACAGAAAAUGUGGGCUGCUCUCUUCGCCGGUCGCCCAAGCAGAACUUUGCCUCGGCAUCAGCUCAAAUCACCAGAUGAACGGUCUCCUGAUUUGGCAGUACCAACAUUGAAUGAUGCUCCAAGUACAAAAAAACUUAAACUAAUGUCUGGGGUUCCACAUGACACAGAGAAUCACAUUCAGAGCAUGGCGUAUUCAAGCCAAAAAACCAAAAAAGAUCUGGAGACCAAAGAGACAAAUAUGUAUAAAUUUUUCAAGGGUUCAAACUUGCAGACAUCAACUCCUAUUGGAAGCCCAAUUCCAGUUGAUGCCCAACUUUUGAAAGAAAUACCUCGUGGGAACCAGAAUCAAAAAGAUCUGAAAUCUGGCACACAAAAGAAUAAAAUGGAAUUAAAUCAACCUCUCUCAAGCACUGGGCCUGUUGAAGCUGGAUCGAGUUUAAGUCAGUUGGAGAGGCUUAUGGUAGACAGAUUGGGUAGCACUGCUCUCAGUGUUAAACCAAAAGCCAAAGCUUUACACAAAUCUGAAUCUACCCCAACAUUCACUUUCACUCCCAUGGCAACUACUAUUACCACAUCAAGCAAGAAAACUGAAUUUUCAUCAAGCAUCCAUUCAAAAAUCCCCUUUAAACAAAACACACAAGAUUUUACAAAACGAGUUUCCAAUGGAGGUGUUCAGAAAAAUAACUACAGGCCACUGAUGCAAAAGCUUUAUGGAUCCCCAAAACAACACAAAGCUCUGAAAUCUUCUAUACUGAAUAACCAUUCACACUCCUUAGCAAUCCAAAAUUGUGUCAGAAUGGACGAGAAGCUGUCAUACAAAGCUCUUAUUAGUCAAUUUACGACUAAAGUUCCUUCCGGCAGAUUUUCACUUACAUCGUUGGCUUCUACAUCAAGCUGCCAAAAUUCUUCAGCUAUCUUGCAAGAGAAAAUCGGUAGUAAUGAAGCCAAGUCAAUUCAAGCGCAGCUUAAGGCAUCGAGCUUUGUUAUCGACCUGGUCAAUGAGUCGAACUCUUUCCAAAAAGCACCAAUCGCUUCGCCAAUUAACCGGUCUCCCGUUAAAUCCGCUGUUCGGAUCAACUCAUUAGAAGAAGCACUGGCACAGUCUCCUCAAUACGAUUGUCGCUUCAUCUCCGAAAUCAAGUCUCGAUUUAAUAAAAAAGAACGUGAUCGGCAGCGACUACGAGAUGAAGAAGCGAUUCGAUGCAAAGUUUUAGCUGAAAAUCGUGAAGAAUGGGAGAAAGAUUUAGAAAACAGAGUUCGCAAACAAUUGGAGAUUGCCAUCAGACCUGUAAUCGAAGAACCAGAAGUUGAAGAAGUGGUAAUUUUGCCAGAAAUCUCUAGUGACAUGCAUAAUGUCAUUGAGAAAGCUUGGGGUGGCCAUUCGGAAAAUGAGGUCCUGUGCGAUGCGUUCAGUCUUACUAUUACCCGGCGUGAUGUCAAAACUCUUUCUGGACUCAAUUGGCUGAAUGAUCAGGUCAUAAAUUUUUACCUAACCCUCGUCAUGGAGCGCAGCAGCUCCGGUGAUUGGCCCAAAGCCUAUGCCUUCAAUACAUUUUUCUAUCCUAAGUUGAUGAGCUCGGGACAUGGUGGACUCAAGCGAUGGACAAGAAAAGUCGACCUCUUCCAACAGGAUAUCAUUUUGAUUCCCGUCCAUCUAGGGCUCCAUUGGUGUCUAGCGACCGUGUGUCCAAAGGAACAGGCAAUCCGAUAUUACGACAGUAUGGGUGGUCGGAAUCAAGAUUGCCUUAAUGGGCUUAAGCGCUACAUGGAAGCGGAAAGUAUGGACAAAAAGAAGACUUCCCUCGAUACAAGCAAAUGGACACUGGAGUGUAUAGAAGACAUUCCUCAGCAAAUGAACGGCUCUGAUUGUGGCAUGUUUACCUGUAAAUAUGCAGAGUACUUAUCACGGAAGGCCAAAAUUACAUUCGCGCAAAAAGAUAUGCCCUACUUCCGAAAGAGAAUGGUAUACGAAAUUAUCACCCAAAAGCUCAUCAAUCCCUAAACAAAGUAAACGCCCAUCUUAAAGCUCAUCAAUCCCUAAACAAAUUAAUUGCCCAUCUUUUAGAUCACUUCAAUCGGAGGUCUUUCCUUGUUCUUUCUAUCUUAAUUUAUACUUGCUAAUUCGACACUGUCAUGUGCUUAUUUUUGUCUUUCGACAAGAAGGAAGAAAAUAUUAAUGCAGAAUAAAUAUUGCUUUUUUCAGCUA